AUGGACGCAUCAGCACUACAGAACUCGCGCCGUCGUGCCAAUCCUUCAAAGAAGCCCAGAGGAAACCCCAACAAGCGUCCGAAGACCAAUGAACCGAGAGAGCAGAACCGCAGUCAAGGAAAUGCUGUUGCUGUUCCUCUUGCGCCUGUGGCACCGCUCUCCAUCCCAAUUCCUUCUGAUUCGAUGAGAUUUACCGACCUCAAGAACUUGCUGGACCCGCUCCUCCUGAAGACAAUCACUGAUGAUCUGAAAUUUGACCACAUGAUGCCCGUGCAGGAGGCCACUCUUCACGAAUUGUUGGAGAAGCGCAUCGACUGUCUGGCACAAGCCAAAACCGGAACUGGAAAGACAGUUGCCUUCCUUCUUCCUGCUAUUCAGACUCUGAUCAACAAGAACAAGCCUCGUGGAUCCGGAAUCUCUCUGCUGGUCAUCUCGCCCACUCGUGAACUGGCCAUGCAAAUCGCAAAAGAAGCGUCCAACUUGCUUCAGCGUCUCCCUCAAUUCAAGGUUUGUUGUGCAAUUGGUGGAACCAACAAGGACAAGGAGGAGCGCGACAUCCUUAGAGGAGAUGGCUGCGACAUUCUCAUUGCCACUCCUGGCCGUCUCUACGAUCAUCUUGGAAACCAGCAAAUCACACAAUCUUUCCGCAACCUUGAUACACUGGUUCUGGACGAGGCUGAUAGAUUGCUGGACAUGGGUUUCAUGGAGGACCUCAAGAAGAUCAUCAGAUGUCUGCCCGACAAGGAGCAGUCGAAGCGCCAAGGAAUGCUCUUCUCGGCCACCAUCGCACCUCACGUUCAACAAUUCGCGCAUCUUGUCCUUGCAUCGGGAUACAAAUUCAUCUCUACCAUUCCUGCAGGUGAAGCUCAGACCCAUGAACGCGUGCCGCAACUCCUUGUCACAGUGGAGUCGUGGGCUCAAGUUGUUCCCGCCAUGGUAGCAUCCAUCCAGUCUGAGUGCAAGCUCAUCGGCCCUGCCGAGUUCAAGGCAAUCGUCUUCGCACCUACAGCAGCCCUUGCCGAUUUCUACCACGACGUCCUCUCCAAGGUUCCCGGUCUGCCUCAAGCAAACGUCCUUCAUGCCAGAGUCAGCCAGUCACGCCGCACCAAGGUGACAAACGACUUCCGCGAAGCCAGUAGCGCCAUCCUGGUCGCCACCGACGUCGUUGCCCGUGGUCUCGACUUCCCCGGUGUCUCCAACGUCUUCCAGAUCGGUCUCCCUGCAGACAAGGAGUCCUACAUCCACCGUCUGGGCCGUACAGCCCGUGCAGGCAAGGAAGGCAGAUCCGUCUUCAUCGUCACCGAGCCCGAGUCCUUCUUCCCCCGCCACAUCCUCAAAGCCAUCACCUUCGAGACCGCAAACCCCGACUUUGCACCCGUGGCACCCCAGGUCGAGGCCAUUGUCAACAAGUACGAGGCCAAGGGCAAGACCUACCAAGCAUGGCUGGGCUUCUACAAGGCUCAUGCUAGAGCCAUGAGAUGGAGUGACGACCAGCUCGUCGCCGAGGCCAACAAGUUCGCCAUCGAAGCCCUGGGUUGCGGUGAGAUUCCCGGUCUGGAGAGAAAGACUGUGGGCAAGAUGGGCUUGAAGGGCGCAAGAGGCCUGAACAUUGUCGCCAACCUGCCGCAAAAAUCCAAUGGAGGUCGUGGUGGUGGCGGUAGACCCAAGCCAGCUGCCAGGUAA